CCACAAGCCUUCUCUUUGGAUCAAGGCAGCUGUAGACCAGCCUACAGUCAUUCCUAGGAUAAAUUUACAAGGAAAAACAAUGAGUCAAACUCCAAAGGAGAUAUUACAGAAGUACUCUGAUAAGCUAGCCAAGGCAGUAGGAGCAAAUGUGAGUAAUGUCACUAAUGCGCUUCAUGCCAAGGACCUCAUAACACCAGAAACUAGAGAAUAUGUAGUGACAACAGUUGGAGUGGCUAGUUCUGCUAAAGCCAAUAGACUAAUGCUGGAUGUGGCUGACCGAUUAGAAGCUUCUCUUAAUGGCAAAGAAUAUCUGGUAAAAGUGUGUAAUAUAUUGACUCAGCAAGGUGGAGCAAUAAAAGAGAUAGGAAACGUCAUGCUUAAAGAACUAGCUCAAGUUACUGAUACAGGCGGAGCUACUGGAGGCAAGAUUAAGAAGCUUAACAUGGCUGCAGUUACCAAGAUAUUUGGUCCUUCUUCGAACCACUUUAAGCUAAUAGGGAUUGGAUUAGAUGUAAAAGUGUCUGAUCUGACACAAUUACCUGGCGCAGCAAUGGACAACCUUAUUCUUGUAUUUGAGAGGUGGUUUGAUGCCAAUAAAGAUAUUAGUUGGGAUACAUUGAGGCAGCUUUGUGAUGAUUAUCCUGAUCAACUGGGCAAAGCAAAAGACAAACUUGAAAAGUUCUUGUCAGAAUAAUUUUUUGUAGAGUAGGACUUAGUAGGUACAAAUAACAAUUGCUAAUUUGCUAUGCGUUAUUUUUUACUUUUAUUAUUAUAAAGCAUACCGGUAGUUUGUUGUUGUAAGGCA